UCCUCUUCCUGGGCAAGGCACCCAACGCCAUGUCUGCGAAAGAUAACCCCUGCAGGAAAUUCCAAGCCAACAUCUUCAACAAAAGCAAAUGCCAGAAUUGCUUUAAGCCCCGAGAAUCGCAUCUGCUGAACGAUGAGGAUUUGAACCAGGCAAAGCCUAUUUACGGUGGAUGGCUCUUGCUGGCGCCUGAAGGCACCGAUUUCGACAACCCCGUUCAUCGUUCUCGGAAAUGGCAACGCCGGUUUUUCAUCCUGUACGAACAUGGCCUUCUCCGCUACGCCCUGGACGAGAUGCCUACCACCCUGCCCCAGGGUACUAUCAACAUGAACCAGUGCAUGGACGUCGUGGACGGAGAGAGCCGAACGGGACAGAAGUUCUCCCUCUGCAUCCUGACCCCGGAGAAAGAGCACUUCAUCCGGGCUGAGAACAAGGAGAUCAUCAGCGGGUGGCUGGAGAUGUUGGUUGUCUAUCCGAGGACGAACAAGCAGAAUCAGAAGAAGAAGAGGAAAGUCGAGCCCCCGACCCCCCAGGAACCCGGUCCAGCCAAGAUGGCGGUGACCAGCAGCAACAUCCCCAGUGCCGAGAAAAUCCCGACCACCAAGUCAACCCUCUGGCAGGAAGAAAUGAGGGGGAAAGACCAACCAGAUGGAAAUGGAGCCGUGGGCAUGGCCGCAAGCCCCGUACAAGGCCCAGCUCCGUCUGCCUGUUCCCUGAAGGAGCCAACGCUGGAUAGCAAAGAAGACGAGAGCACGAUGAACGGCGAUCGUGGAGACUGCGGGCGGAAGGCGCGCGUAGAGAGCGGCUAUUUUUCCCUGGAGAAGACCAAACAGGAUGCCAAGGUGGAGGAGCAGCAGCUGCUGACCCCGCCGUCCCCUCCCAGCCCUGGCACCCCGAACAACAGGUACAGUGACCCCACGUCGUCCUCCCCAGAGGAAAGCUGCCCCUUUCCUUCCCCAGGUACCCGGCAGCCCGGCAGCCGAAUGGUUUACAGCUUCUCCCUCAACGCCCUGGACUCAGAAAGCGGCUACCCUGGCCCGCACAAGGACUGCGCCGGCCGAGACGGGGCCAGGGGCUCCGAGGGGCUGGCCCGGCCCUUUGCCUUCAAAGCCAGCCGGCAGUACGCCACCCUGGCCGACGUCCCCAGGGCCAUCCGGAUCAGUAACCGGGAAGCCUUCCAAGCGGAGCGGAAGCGGCUGGAGCGGAGGGCCCGGGCCCGCAGCCCCGGAAGGGAAGAAGUGGCUCGGCUCUUCGGCAGCGAAAGGAGGCGGUCCCAGGUGAUUGAAAAAUUCGAGGCCCUGGAUAUCGAGAACGCAGAGAACAUGGAGACCAACACGUCCAGCGGCUCUACGCUCUCCAGUGAGACUCGGCAGGGCAGGAGCGAGAAGAGGGUUUUCCCCAGGAAGCGGGACUUUGCUGCUGAAUCGGCAACGGGCUCCAUCCUGGACAUGUCGACAUCCCCUCUGUCCCCUCACCGCAGAGCCAAGUCACUAGACCGGCGGUCUACCGAGUCUUCUAUGACGCCCGAUUUGCUGAACUUCAAAAAAGGGUGGUUGACCAAGCAGUACAAAGACGGGCAGUGGAAGAAACACUGGUUUGUGCUGACGGACCAAAGCCUAAGAUACUACCGGGACUCCGUGGCGGAGGAGGCAGCCGAUCUGGAUGGGGAAAUCGACUUGUCAACGUGCUUCGAUGUGACAGAAUAUCCUGUCCAGAGAAACUAUGGCUUCCAGAUCCACACUAAAGAAGGAGAGUUCACCCUCUCCGCCAUGACUUCCGGGAUUCGCCGGAACUGGAUCCAGACUAUCAUGAAGCACGUGCGGCCCACCACUGCCCCAGACGUGACCAGCUCCUUGCCAGAAGAGAAAAGCAAAACCAGCACGUCGUUUGAGGCCUGCCCCAAGCCGAGCGAGAAGCAGGACUCCGAGCCGGCAGAGAUCGACCCCGAGCACAAGCGCAGCCGCGCCCGGGAGCGCAGGCGGGAGGGCCGCUCCAAGACCUUCGACUGGGCUGAGUUCCGCCCCAUCCAGCAGGCCCUGGCGCAAGAGCGGGGCGGCGGAGGGGAGCAGCCCAAAGGCGGGGGGCCUGUCCCUUUCCCCACGGAGCCCAGCCCCUCUGAUGCAGACCCCGGGGAGCUGGAAAGAGAGCGGGCGCGGCGGCGGGAGGAGCGGCGGAAGCGUUUCGAGAGCCUGGACCAGCCCGACGGGGGGUACCCGGGGGACUUCUCCAGGAUGGAGGUGGACCGAGUCCCCGGCCUGCCCGUCACUGCCGAGGCCAAGCCGCAGAACGUCCACGUGGAGAUUGAGCAGCGGUGGCACCAGGUGGAGACCACCCCUCUGCGUGAGGAGAAGCAAGUGCCCAUCGCCCCGUUGCAGCUGGCGCAUCCCGAGGACGGGGGUGAGGCGCUCCACAAGCAGCAGCUCACCGUGCUUCUGGAGAAGGAGCUGGAGCAGAGCCAAAAGGCGGCUUCGGAACUCCUGGAGCAGAACCGGAUCCUGCAAGACCAGCUGAAAGUGGCGCUGGGCAGGGAGCAGAGCGCCCGGGAAGGCUACGUCUUGCAGACUGAGGCGCCCGCGGCCCCAUCGGGGGCCUGGCAGAGGCUCCACAAAGUCAACCGAGACCUCCAGAGUGAGCUGGAAGCCCAGUGCCAGCGCCAGGAGCUGAUCAAUCAGCAGAUCCAAGCCCUGAAGCGUAGCUAUGGGGAGGCCAAGGACGUGAUCCGGCACCACGAGGCGGAGAUCCAGAGCCUGCAGGCCCGGCUGGGCAAUGCGGCUGCCGAGCUGUCCAUCAAAGAGCAGAUGCUGGCCAAGCUGAAGAGUGACCUGAAAGCCGAGAAGGAGAAAGCCCAGGAGCAGAUGGAGGAAUGGCAGCACAGCGAGAUGGCGCUGAGCUCCCAGCUGAAGGCCAGCGAGCAGAAGCUCAAGAGGGCGGAAGCCCUCCUCCUGGAGAAAACCCAGGAGCUGCGGGAUCUGGAAACUCAACAGGCCCUGCAAAGGGACUACCAGAAAGAAGUCCAGCGACUCCAGGAGAGGAUCGCGGACGUGAGCCGGCAGCUCAGUGCCAGCGAGCAGUCCCGGAUGCUGAUGGAAGAAAAGCUGCAGCGGAACUACGAAGCGUUGCUGGAGAGCUGCGAACGGGAGAAGCAGGUCUUGAUCCAGAGCCUGAAGGAAGUGGAGGACCGAGCCAGCGAGUACGAGAACCAGCUCCAGAACAGCGAGCAGCAGAUGGAGAUCCUGCAGAAGGAGAAGCUGACGGCCAAAUUUGAGGGCAGCGAGAUUGUCCAUCAGCUGGAGGAGCAGCUGGAGAUGAAGGAAGACAGCAUUCAGAAGCUGGCUGAGCACAUCAAGAACCUGGAGGAGGAACGGGAUCAGAUCAAAUGCAGGUUCCAGGAGCUGAUGAACCAGGUGGCCGAGUCCGACCACGAGGUUGCCAAGCUGCAAGUGAAACUGCAGUCUGAGGAGACCAACUACAGCACACUGGAGCGUUCCUACGAGGAGGUGUCGGGCCAGUUUCAGAACUUGCAGAAGGUCCUGGAGGAGAAGGAGGAAGAGUUGAGAGCCAUACAGGAGGUCCACUUAAAAACUGUCCAAAAGGAUCGGGAUUUGGGCGAAUGUUCACUGGGAAUGGAAGGAAGUCAACAGGCCAAACAAGAGGCCUUGAAAACGCUGGCCGACGAAAGUUCAGGGCACUGCGCUGGCCAAGAAACAGUCAAUUCCUGCACUGCAGCUGAGGUUGACGCCGAUCAAGUUGCACAACAUCUGCAGGUUCCGGAAGGAAUUCCCAUUUUGGAAUCUUUGCCCGCUGAGGACGACAAUCCCAGUCAGAGACAGAUUGGUGAACAGGCAGCCGUGAAAGCAGAAGAUCACAGGUCUCCGUUGAAGCCUCUGCACCUUCCAGAGAGGGAGACUUGUCAGAAGGAUCUGGCCAAACUCGACACGGAAAUCCCAGGAGCCAAACGGCAGAGGAUCCGUUUCUCCAGCAUCCAGUGCCAAAAAUACAUCCACGCAGACGGCUCAGAGAAAAUGUGGGCCAGCAGCACGUCGUCGGACACCAGCCAGGACCGCUCGCUUUCCGAAGACAGCAUGUCGUCAGAACCAGCUCCUUGUUACCCGGCCUCGGGCGACUCAGAGACUUACCUGUCUAUCAUCCAUUCUCUGGAAACCAAACUUUACAUCACGGAGGAGAAGCUGAAAGACGUGACGAUGAAACUGGAGAGCCAGCAAGGUCAUAAUCAAGACACCCUCCUCACGCUUCACCACCAGUGGGCCAGCACAGAAGCCCAGCUGAGGGAGCAGCUUCAGGACAGUUUGACGCAAGUCAGCCUGUUGGUCUCGCAGCUGGAAAGUGAGAGGCAAGGGAAACUCAAGCUGAUGGCCCAGCACGCCAGUGAGCUGGGGGGAUUCCAGGGGAGGAACAGCAAAGCCAUGAUGUGCUUGAAACAGUGUGGAGAGCAGCUAAGGACUCUGCCCAGAUCUGACCAGGAACGAGGGGGAGAGAUGUUCUUGGACACCUUAUCCAGCAUGGAGGCGACAUUAUCUAAUGCAAUCCAGGCCUUACAGGGGACACUGUCUUUACCUGAUUUCCAGCCAAGAGGAAGUCCCCCACCCCAAGAAGGCAGUUUGCUGGAAAACGAUACUCCCGUCCUCCGGCAACAGCGAGUGGACUUGUCCGAACGAGACCAACUAUGGUUGCUUUCCAAGAGGGUGGCAUUUGAAGCUUGCCUGAUAAACCGGAUAGCAGAGUCUCUGAGGGACUCCACUUCUGAGAUAGCCCUGGCCCUUCGGGAGAUUCACGGGACUGUGAAUGCCGUCCUCUUAGAGCCUUCCAACAUUUCCCAAACGGCGGUCGCUUUGGCCAACAUCUUAUCGAAAAAGCUAGUGUUGGAGGAUGAAUUUUGGGGCCAGGUUGAGGAGUUGAGAAAGCACCUAGGCGAGAAGGAAAAAGAAGAAGAAAAGAUGGAAGAGGAAAGUGCGGGCUCCCCUCAAGUCCUCACUCAUGCUGUUGCGGACAGUGCACUCGUUCAAGCCGAGCUCGGAUUCGUCGCCCAGAAAAUGCGGGAGUCUUUCCAUCAGAGGCUGAAGGCCAUCGAAGAGGAUCUCCACAACACCAAAACAGCCCUUCAGCAGCACAAGUGCAUGUUGGAGGAAAUCAUUAAAGCCUAUAGGACACCUCAGUUUGACGGAGUUAUGGACCAGAUUUCCAAAGCCCUUGAAAUCCAAGAGGGCACUUCUGAAAGCAUCCGGGCGUCUUGGGAAGGGAACGUUUGGAAGCCAAGUACAGAAGACCACAGCUUGCAAGGUCUUAGCGGCCAGGCUUUGGCAGCUGUUCAGGAGGAACUUUCUCAGCAACUGAAAGAUAGAGCAAAAGUCUUGGAAGAAAUAGCUGCUGCUUUGCUAUCUCUGUCACCCGAGGAGGCCCUGAAAGAUUGCCAGAAGCUCCUAAAGGUGUCUUGUACUCCUCCCUAUCUGUCUUGUAUGGGGGAUCUUGAGUGCUACUCUUCCCUGCUCGUCCAGGAUGCCAUUAUCCAGGCCCAGGUAUGUUACGGGGCCUACAGAGCUAGGCUGGAAUACGAAAAGGAGGUGCGGCUGAACAAAGAGUCGCUGCAGAACAUGGACGCUCUGUGCCAGGAGCGCAUUAGGGCUGUGGCCGUCCUCCGGGAGGAGUACGAAGAUUUGCUGCGUAAGCAGCAGAACGAAUAUUCCAAGAUGAUCGCCGUCCUUGAAAAGGAGAACGUGGACCUGAAAGCAAAAGUGGCCCAGCUGGAGAACCAGCGGAAGCUCCUGGAAGAAGAAGAACUCCAGCAAAGCAGGAAGAUGUUGGAGUUGCAGGGCAGGUACGAAGAAGAGAUCCGGACCGUGGUCGAGCAGUUGAACAGGACGGAGGACACCCUGAAAGCUGAGCGGACCAAGGGGCUCCACCAGCUGGACGCCAUCGUGCGGGACAAGCAGAACUUGGAGCGGUACCACCUGGAGCAAAUCCAGACCUUGGAGGACAAGUUUCAGGUCAAGAUGAAAGAGCUGCAAAUCAUUCAUAACGAAGAGAUGCAGACGCUGCAGGAUCACUACAGCAGGAAUCUGCAGGGCUUGCAGGAAUCUCUGGAUGAGUACCGGAAUCAGCACCCAGAAGUGUUGCCUGGAGACACGCCUGAAGCUGGCCCACUGGAAGCACAUGCCGAGGGCAAGCUUGAGGGCGGGCCACAGGGCUCCGACGGUGAGCUCAGCUCUAUGCACGGGUUGCGCGAGCGCAUACAAGAGUUGGAAGCCCAGAUGGACGUCAUGAGAGACGAGCUGGAGCACAAGCACCUGGAAGGGAGCACGUCGACCCUGCGGGAGAAAUACCAGAAAGACUUUGAGAACCUUAAGGCGACUUGUGAGCGAGGGUUUGCGGCCAUGGAAGAAACGCACCAGAAGAAGAUCGAGGACCUGCAGAGGCAACACCAGCGGGAACUGGAGAAGCUACGGGAGGAGAAAGAGAGGUUGCUGGCGGAGGAGACGGCUGCGACCAUCUCAGCCAUAGAGGCCAUGAAGAAUGCUCACCGGGAAGAGCUGGAGCGGGAACUGGAGAAGACCCAGAGGUCUCAGAUUAGCAGCAACAACUCUGACGUUGAGGCUCUGCGGAGGCAAUACUUGGAGGAGCUGCAGUCUGUCCAGCGGGAGCUCGAGGUCCUGUCGGAGCAGUACUCGCAAAAGUGCCUGGAGAACGCUCACUUGGCCCAGGCCCUGGAGGCGGAGCGGCAGGCCCUCCGCCAGUGCCAGCGCGAAAACCAGGAGCUCAACGCCCACAACCAGGAGCUGAACAACCGCCUGGCUGCAGAGAUCACUCGGUUACGGACGCUGCUGACUGGAGAGGGCGGGCUGGAGACGGCUGGCUCGCCUCUCACUCAGGGCAAGGAUGCCUACGAGCUAGAGGUUCUGCUGCGAGUCAAAGAAUCAGAAAUCCAGUACUUGAAGCAAGAGAUCAGUUCCCUUAAAGAUGAAUUGCAAACAGCCUUGAGGGAUAAAAAAUAUGCCAGCGAUAAGUAUAAAGAUAUCUACACGGAACUGAGCAUUGUUAAAGCCAAGGCCGACUGUGACAUCAGCAGGUUGAAGGAACAGCUCAAAGCUGCUACGGAGGCCCUGGGAGAGAAAUCCCCGGAGAACACCACAGUGUCUGGAUAUGAUAUCAUGAAAUCGAAAAGUAACCCUGAUUUCUUGAAGAAAGACAGGACCAACGUUGGCCGGCAGUUAAGAAAUAUCAGGUCAAAGAGUCUGAAGGAAGGCCUGACGGUGCAAGAGCGCCUCAAGCUCUUUGAAUCCAAGGACUUGAAGAAAGACUAGCUCUCCUUCCUGUUCGGCUUGACCACGUGCACCUCCUCGCUUGCGGCCUCAUGACACAAA